AUGCCCCUUCCUGCCCGCACAGCAUCGCUCUCGCGAAACACCAACGAGACCAAAAUCCAGGUCUCUCUCUCUCUAGAUGGCGGCGUUCUCCCUCCCUACGAACCCUCCUCUCACUUUCCCGUACCUACCGACCCUCUUGAAGCCGAAGCUGCCAAGAAGGGCAUCGUCCCAAAUAAAGAUGCCGCACACGCAACGCAGUUCACGCCGACGCAACAAAUCACUAUCAGCACGGGAAUUGGGUUCCUAGACCAUAUGCUGCACGCACUUGCGAAGCACUCGGGGUGGAGCUUGGCCAUCAGGGCCAAGGGAGACUUAUACAUCGACGAUCACCACACAACUGAAGACACUUUUCUUGCUCUUGGUACCGCAUUUACUACCGCCCUAGGAGCCCGGCAAUCCCUCGCGCGAUUCGGCCGUGGCGAUGCCCCUCUGGACGAGGCUCUCUCGUGGGCAGUCAUUGAUCUCUCUAGCCGGCCAUGGGCAGUCAUCAACAUUGGCUUCAAACGCGAAAAGAUCGGCGACCUCAGCACGGAGAUGAUUACGCACGGUCUGCAGAGCUUUGCGCAGGCGGCUGGUGUUACCCUUCACAUUGGCUGCACCUACGGCGACAAUGACCAUCACCGGGCGGAGAGCGCGUUCAAGGCACUGGCUGUUGCUAUUAGGGCGGCUUGUGCGCGGAGGGUUGAGGGCGAAGUCGGUGCCGGUGAUGUGGUCAGCACCAAAGGUGUGCUCUAAUUGAAUAAUAUAUACAACAUACGAUGCUACUCCAUGCCAUGCGAUGACACGCCACUC